AUGAGCAACCUCCACGCGCCCACCGUCCCUUCGGGGCCGACCACGGCACCCAUCGCAAACGGAAAUGCGACGCACCUCACCAUCGCCGAACUCCAGCGCAAGAAAGACAUCAUCGAGGGCGAACUCAAGGCGCUCGGCGGCGUCCUCGAUUCGCACGGGGUUGACAUGAACACCAGUCUCCUCACCCCCGAUGGGUUUCCGCGGGCCGACAUCGAUGUCGCACAAAUUCGGACAACCAGAGCCCGCAUCAUCCACCUCCGGAAUGACUGGAAGGAUCUGAUGGCCGUCAUCGAGAAGCGGCUACACGAGCAUUUUGCGAGCCUUCAAGACGACGACGCCGCCGACGAGGCCGCUCCUCCCCCGAGCAUCGACUCGAUCCCGCGAGACUCGGUGCCGGAGCCGCUCGACCAACCAUUCGCCAAGGUCAAUACAGUGGUGGACAACAGCCCGGCCGCGGCCGCUGGUCUCAAGCCCGGCGACCUGAUCCGCAAUUUUGGCUACGUAAACAUCGAGAACAAUGACGGUCUCAAAAAGGUGGCUGAAUGUGUCCAAGGGAACGAAGGGCAAAACAUCCUCGUCAAGGUCUCCCGAAGCACUGGGGUUUCGAGGCCUCAGGAACUCCGUCUGACCCUGACACCAAGGCGUAACUGGGGAGGUAGGGGGAUGCUUGGAUGCCAUAUUUUGCCGCUGUAA